AUGGCCGAAAUAUUCUUCUCGUCAGACAUCGCAGAUAAUGUGAAGGGAAAGGUUGUUGUUAUGACAGGUGGUGCGCAAGGAAUUGGAGCAGCAACAAUUUCACUGUUGUACGAGAGAGGCGCCCAUGUUUAUUUCGGCGACGUGGAUGAUAUAAACGGUCAUCAAAUGGUUAGCCAUCUCCAGUCAAGCAUGCCUCACAGUGGUGGAUCGGUACAUUUCCAGAAGCUCGACGUCCGCAACUACAACGAACAGCUACAGCUCUUCAAGACGCCUUAUGAAGAAAGAGGUCGUGUCGAUAUGGCAAUCUCUUGCGCUGCUAUCAUAGAGCCUAAUGGUUGGUUUGGGCCGGACCAACUAAGCCUCGAGGCGGUUAUGACGGAACCUCAACCGCUUAAGAAUACUAUCGACAUCAACCUGACGAGCGUUGUUCUCUUUUGUCGAUUAGCUCUUGCUUUCAUGAAGGGAAAUGCAGAUAUGACCAAUUCAAGCGACUUCUCUAAGUCUAUUGUCUUGGUGUCGUCUAUCGCUGGAAUAACAGAGGCAGCUGGUCUCUUCGCCUACAGCGCUGCAAAGCAUGGCAUAAUAGGACUGAUGAGGUCAUUACGAGCAUUAGCUGCAGCCAAGCUCAACAUUCGUAUCAAUGUCGUAUGCCCCUGGGCGACGGACACACAGAUGAUCGACAAUGUGCGUUCCAUCUGGGACAAGCACCGUCUCCCGCUGAAUGCACCCAAUGAUGUUGCGCAGUUCAUCGUUCAGCUGGCGGCGGAUAAGAGUUUAAACGGGAAGUCCGUUCUAGUGGCUGGUGGCAAAGGGUAUGACACCGAGGAAGGCAUUGAUAGGACAAUGUCUGAGUGGUUUGGGCCUCUUACGGAAGACUUCUGGCGUGGUCAAAAGGCACUUGGGACGGGUGAUGAAUGGUCUGAUAUUUGA